CCUCAUCCACUCCUCCUCAUUGAUCCACACCCACACCAACGUCAAUUUAACUCCCCAUCCCUCUCAGCCCCAUAGAAUUCUGUUUCUUCUUCUGCUUCUUCUUUUCAUUUACUUCCUCACGAGUUUCGCAUCCUCUAUAUCACCAACAAAAUCACAUCAUGUCCGUCACAACGCAAGCAACCAUCGCCUCCUUCGGCGGAAAGCUCCUCAAGCUCAGCCAUGCCGCCACCUCCACCCGCUGUGAAAUGUCCUUCAACCUCUACCUGCCACCCCAGGCCAUCCAGAACCCCUCACAGAAAGUCCCCGUUCUCAUCUACCUGUCCGGUCUGACCUGCACCGCCAACAAUUGCUCCGAGAAGGGCUUCUUCCAGCACGGCGCCAGCAAGAAGGGUAUUGCCGUGCUGUACCCUGACACCAGCCCGAGAGGAUUGAACAUCCAGGGUGAGGAUGACUCCUGGGACUUCGGUACCGGUGCCGGAUUCUACGUCGAUGCCACCAAGGAGCCCUACAAGGGUGGUUACAACAUGUACACCUACGUGACGGAGGAGCUGCCCAAGACCGUCUUUGCCGCGUUCCCUCAGCUGGAUGAGAGCCGUGUCAGUAUUACCGGUCACAGCAUGGGCGGUCAUGGUGCCCUGACUCUCUUCCUCCGCAACCCCGGCAAGUACAAGUCUGUCUCCGCCUUCGCACCCAUUUCGAACCCCGUCAACUGCCCGUGGGGCCAGAAGGCCUUCGGCGGCUACUUCGGUGAGGACCAGCAGGAGAAGUGGAAGGAGCACGACGCAUCGGAGCUCGUGAAGAAGUGGAAGGGGCCGUUGGAUGUGCUCAUUGACGUGGGUACCGGCGACAACUUCUACAAGCAGGGCCAACUUCUACCCGAGAACCUCGAGAAGGCGGCCAAGGAGGCCGGCGUCGAGGGUCUGAAGGUCCGCUAUCAGCCCGACUACGACCACAGCUACUACACAAUGGCGACGUUCGCGGAUGACCAUGUCGAGCACGCGGCCAAGUACUUGUUUGCAUAGUGGGUUGAUUUCCCCCUUUAAAAUUCUUGUUGUUGAAUGGAUUGUGAUUUGGUGCUUUUUUUCUUUGUAUCUGUGAAUGUGCAUGUAAAGAAUGACUGCGAUGACUGGAUGGAGCGUCUUCUGAUGUUGGCAGCGAUCGUCCGGCGAAAUCUAUGAUCUAGAUGAAAUUACGACUGCUCAGAUGA